AUGGUGUUCAAGCCAUUUAAACCUCCUUUGAUUAGGAAGCCUGAGACAACACAGCCAGCUCAGGAACAUAACCCAUCUUCUAAAGCACCUGUUCAACAGGAAGACGCAACACCCGGGACCGAGACGAGGCCAAGACCAUCCGCAGUGCGAAAACCUCUCCAUCAGGUCAGAAAUGUGGGGAAGGAAUCCGUGGGGAAGGUGACACCUACACCUGAAGCCCUAAAAUUGGUAGGCGAUGAGAGAUUUUUCAACGCUCUUUGGAGAAAACCAAGCGCCAAGAAGAACAAAACAUGGGAUGGUGACGGUAUCCUCACAGCCCGCGCAGGCUAUGUCACCCUGCGAGAUGUGGGAGGUAGAGAUAUGGGACGGGCGAUGUUCGAGGCUGAGCUGGAGCCAGGCAAGAUGCUCUAUGUGGGUGGUAAGGAAGUCGAGGUUGACUCUGAAAUCCCUCGCAGAGAGUACCUGGCUGGCAAAAACAUCGCGCAAGCCACAAACCCGGCGCCAACACCAGUCAAAAAAUCCAGAAAAAAUCCAUUGGCCACGGUAAAAAAUGGCGAUGAUCAAGACUCAAAGGCCCUAGGCCGGACCGGGUCUUUGAAACGAGGUGCACCGGCAUUAGACGGAGAUGGAAAGGGCCACUCGGGCUUUGGUGCUUAUAAGAAGCCAUAUCUCGAUAAUUCAGUCCUGCCAAAUCAUUCGGUCAAGGUGGUCCCUCGCCAUGACCCAACAGCACCAGGGGCUUUGGUCAUGACGCGACCCGCUUCCGUUCCUGACGGGAAGCAGAUUGUGGAUGUGGUCGUUGACCCGCUAUUGACGAAGAGUCUGCGCCAACAUCAGCGAGAAGGUGUUCAGUUCUUAUACGAAUGUGUCAUGGGAAUGCGAUCAUUCAACGGCGAGGGAGCAAUCCUAGCAGACGAUAUGGGCAUGGGAAAAACAUUACAGACCAUUGCUCUGCUGUGGACCCUCCUGAAACAGAAUCCGAUCUAUGGCGCCCCUCCAGUAAUCAAAAAGGCUCUGAUUGUUUGCCCUGUGACUCUCAUCAAUAAUUGGCGAAAGGAGUUCCGCAAAUGGCUCGGCAACGAACGAAUUGGAGUCUUUGUCUUUGAUGACAAGCGGAAACGUCUAACCGACUUCACCAAGGGAAAAUCUUACAGUAUUAUGAUUGUCGGUUACGAGAAGUUGAGAACCGCCCAAGAAGGUCUGGCAAGAGGUGCCGGUGUCGAUAUCAUCAUUGCAGACGAAGGUCAUCGUCUCAAGACCCUAUCUAACAAGAGUGGGCAGGCUAUUCAGUCGUUGAAUGCAGCAAAAAGGGUCAUUCUUUCUGGCACCCCGAUCCAAAACGACCUCAGCGAAUUCUUCGCAGCAGUCGACCUCGUGAAUCCUGGAAUUUUAGGCACUUUCAAAGCCUUUAUUCGAGAGUUUGAAACGCCAAUUGUUCGCAGCAGACAGCCAGAGGCUACGAGGAAAGAAAUUGAAAAGGGUGAAUCUCGAAGCGAAGAGCUUCGGGAGCUUACUUCUAAGUUCAUCCUCCGCCGAACAGCAGACAUCUUGGCCAAAUAUCUGCCUCCCAAGACAGAAUAUGUGCUUUUCUGCAACCCAACUCGCUCCCAAGCCACUAUCUACCAAGCCGUCCUUGCAUCUCCUCUCUUCCAGUCUGCAAUGGGCAAUUCCGAGAGUGCUCUCCAGUUGAUCACUAUCUUGAAGAAGCUCUGCAACAGCCCAUCGCUACUUACAGCAAAGAACAAUAGCUCACCAAGCGAGACUAUUACUUCCCUCCUCGCCUCUUUACCACAAAAUCUAAUGCGCCACUUCUCUCCCUCGGCAAGCGCCAAAGUCCGAGUCCUCGAUCAAAUCUUGGAUAGCAUGCGAUUAAACACUUCCGAAAAGAUCGUGCUAGUCUCAAACUACACUUCAACCCUCAACCUCCUCGCCAAUCUCCUCACUUCUCUUGGCCUUCCCUUCCUUCGUCUAGACGGAAGCACUCCCGCCCAAAAACGCCAGCCCCUAGUAGAUGACUUUAACCGCCUCCCUGCCGACAAAUGCUUUGCGUUCCUGCUCUCUGCCAAAGCAGGCGGCAUGGGUCUCAAUCUCAUUGGUGCUAGCCGUCUAGUUCUUUUCGAUGUCGACUGGAACCCCGCAACAGAUAUCCAAGCCAUGGCCCGCAUCCACCGCGAUGGACAGAAGCACCACUGUCGUAUCUACCGCGUCAUUCUAAAGGGUAGUCUCGAGGAAAAGAUCUGGCAGCGCCAGGUUACCAAAAUUGGUCUUGCAGAUUCUGUCAUGGAACAUAAAAACAGCGUCGCGCAGUUCUCUACUGCUGAGCUACGUGACUUAUUCCGUCUUGACGAGGAAAGUCGUUGCCAGACUCAUGAUUUACUCGGCUGCGAUUGCGGUGGCAAGGGCAUUGUUGCGACGCCAUCCUCUGAGAUUACUACGCCUAAUCCCAAAACUGAUGAGGACGGAGUCAGUGACUCUGAGCUCUCGGAAUUAAGUGAAGAAGAGCCUGAUUUUCCAAAAUUAGUCAAAGCAUCCGAGGUCGAUAUGGAGGAACAGGAACGCUCUAUCCGUGAUUCGUCGCGACGGGGCCGGAAGCAGAAGGAUUCCAUGCACCAGUCGCUGGCUCAGUAUGCGCAUAUUGACCCUUCGAUUAUUGCUAAUGCUGAACAUGAAGAGGAGAUGGCUGCUGUUAUUGACGAUGAUGUUCUCCUUUCCUUGUUGAAGGAUGAGUGUAAUCGGAUUGGAUACAUCUUCAAGAAGGUCAAUAGUGCGGAAGUGGAGAGUAAGGAUACCACAGCACCUGAUGAGAUUAUUGCUGGCGAUGAUGUGUGA